AUGGCCGACGCUUCAAAUGCUGGCUAUGUGGCCUAUCCCGAAACGAAAGCGGGCGGUAAGGUAUGUGUGGACUCAGGAGAUGCCUGGAAUGUGGCUUUUGGGAGACACUUUGAUGCUGACUCUGCCGUUAUCGCCAGUUCAUCUCGAUCUCUUGAGGUUUCGCGGAAUGUUACACAAACCCAGCUGAUUUCCAACUUGGUGAUAAGGUGUCAAAGAUGCCAUCACCAAGGGUACUUGGUUUUCAUAUUCUCCAACCCUCGUGGCUCUGUAUCUGACAGGUGGUUUCUCGCAGGCCCCGUCGUUGAUAACAUCAAAUCCGAAGCAUCCCGUACCGGACAGGAAUUUCGCGAAUUGAGGAACACUCGGUCGACAACUCCAGUGACCACUGCGACCGGCCAACCCCUGACCCACUAUCACUCCCUGCUGUACAGCCUUCUGAGCUGGGAGCAACCCCGAGCCACCGCCGCUUCUUUUGCGACCGUCGUCACCUUCAUCUUUGCCGCCCGUUACCUGCCUCUCCUCCGCUGGGUUUUCAAAUUUACUUAUGUGGCUUUGGGAUUCACCACUGCCGCCGAAAUUGGUGGUCGAGUCUUGUUUUCGCAAGGCCUUGUCAAGAACUUCCGUCCCCGCAAAUACUACACCGUUCCUAAGGAGACCCUUGAAGGAGUGAUGGAAGAUAUCGAGCAGCUUCUUGACUUUGUCCUGCUCGAGUUCCAGCGCAUCCUGUUCGCCGAGAACAUUGUUCACACCGUUGCUGCUUUCUUUGCCGCGUUCUCUGCCUACUGGUUGAUCAAGUUCCUGCCUUUCUGGGGACUGUCGCUUCUUGCCGCCACUAUCGCUUACAUCGGACCCUUGGUUUACAUGAACAACCGUGAAGUUAUCGAUGCGCAGAUUGAGCACGUCCAGGGCAUCGUGGAGUCCCAUGCCCAUCAGCUGAAGGAUCUGGCCGAGGAGCGCGCUUUCCGCGCAACGGGCAUUGUCCAACAGUAUGUCACUGACUGCAGUGUCAAGGCGCAGGGGCUUCUUCCCGGCCAGCGCCGCUCUGUGUCGCCGGAAGUCGCCAAGGUUGCUCCCACUCCCGUUAUCAAGAAGGAGCCCGAGCCCGAGCCCGCGUUCACCUCUUCCGACUUCCCCGAAGCCCCCAAGACCGAGCCAGUGGCGGAAUCCGUCGAGCAGCCCAUUGAGCAGCCCGUCGAGCAGCCCCCUCAGUAUGCGGAGAAGGAACCUCUUCUAGCGGCGUAA